UACGGCCCGCAUGCUCACCUCAACCCGUACCGGCCCAACUGGAUGGGCCGCACUGAGCUCACAACACUUACAAGCCCAUAUAUAAUGGGCCGCAACGAGCUCGUAAUUUUGUUACGGCCCACAUAUAUAGGCCGCACAGAGCAUGCAAAUUCCUUUCCGGCCCAUUAGAAAUUUCGUAAGUGGUCCACUUCGAAUUGGAACAUCACGGGGUUGCACGAAUCACGGAGCGAAACGUGGCCGCGCGGUUCAGACCUCCGCCGCGCGCCGCCGAUGGCCGGCGACGGCGAGCCGCCGGCGCUGUCCGCCGCGGUGACGACGCCGGACGGGUGGCACCCGCGCACGGCGGAGCGGCGCCUCCUCCACCUCCUGCACCACUCCCCUCCCGCGCGGCGGCGGCCGCUCGAGCUCCUCGCCUUCGCCGUCCGACACUGCCUCCCGUCGUCGCCGCCGUCCCCGCACCACCACUCCCUCGCCGCGCUGCUGCUCCUCUCCUCCCCGCCGCCGCCGGCUCUCCCGCUCCUCCGCCUCGUCCCGCCUCACGCGCCGCCUCCGCUGCCUCUCCUCAACGCCGCCAUCAAGGCCCUCUCGGCCUCCUCGCCGCCGCUCGCGUUCCGGCUCCUCUCCUCUCUCCGCCGCCUCCACGCGCCCGACCGCCUCUCGUUCCUGCCCCUCCUAGGUUGCGUAUCGUCCCUUUCUCUCCUCUCCGCAGUCCACGCGCUUCUUCUCCGCCUCGGUUUCCUUUCACAUCACGCCAUCUCUCUCGCGCUCCUCAAGCCAUAUCCUCUCCACUACGCCCGCGUCCUGUUUGACGAAAUGACGCAGAGGAACAAGUGCACCGUCGCCUACAACACACUCAUCACGGCCUGUUUCCGAGCUGAUGAUCUUGGUGCCGCACGCCACCUGUUCGACGAAAUGCAGAGAUACAGGCGCUCCAGGAGGAGCGUGGUUUCUUGGAAUGUUAUGAUCGCGGGGUGUGCUUGGUGCAAGAAGGAUGACAUUGCGGUCUUGUGCUUUGAGAGGAUGGUCAGGGAGGGGGAGGUGGCACCGGAUGAUGGGACCCUUGCUGCUGUGCUGCCGGUCUGUGGGAGGUUGGGGAAUGUCGGGGUGGGGAGAUGGGCACAUGAGCAUGCACGUAAGAGUGGGUUGCUAGACAGGAAAGUACAUGUUGCAAAUGCAGUGAUGGAUAUGUAUUGCAAGUGUGGUGAUGUUCAUAGUGCAAGGGAGGUAUUCAAGGGAAUGCGACAGCGGAGUGUGGUGAGCUGGAACACCAUGAUUUCAGGAUUUUCAUUGAAUGGCCAUGGGAUUGAGGGCAUUGAGCUUUACCGAGAGAUGAGGACACACGGUGAGAUGCCCAAUGAAGUGACAUUUCUGGGGGUGCUUGGCUGCUGUGCGCAUGCUGGGGCUGUGGAUGUUGGGAGGGACAUCUUCCAGAGCAUGCAGCUAGAGCAUGGUAUUGAGCCAGUAAUUGAGCAUUAUGGUUGUAUGGUAGAUUUAUUUGGAAGAUCUGGCCUUCUUGAGGAGGCAUAUGCAUUGAUUCAAGGGAUGCCAAUGAGACCUAAUGCUGCGAUAUGGGGUGCACUGCUAAGCGCAUGCCAUGCUCAUUCUGGGAUUAGCAUAGCUGAGGUGGCACUGAAAGAACUUAUUAACCUUGAACCAUGGAACUCAGGGAACUAUGUCCUGUUGGCCAAUCUUUAUGCGGAAACAGGACGAUGGGAGGAGGCAGGGGAUGCGAGGAGACUGAUGAGGAGGAUGAGUGUGCAAAAGGCUCCAGGGCAGAGCUUAAUCGAAGAAACCGAGUUUCAGUUCACAAAUACAUGAUAUAAUUGUCAGUGAACUGUGUGGAACUGCGGAAGUACACAACCCCAGAGGGCCAAAAUGUGGAAGUCUACAAAGGCUGGUCAUUUCAGGUCCCCACAAACAUGAACUCUAUGGCCCCCGUGUUGCCACACACUGAAGGGGCCACAUUGGCUUCUCCGUCUGGGGAUCGACGCGCCGGUUGCGCGGUGUAGGCCGGCGGUGACACCGGUGGGAGGCGCAACAGCAGUUGACCCCGCUGCUAAAUGCCAGUGGUCCAGGGGAGCAAGCAUAAUCCCCAAGCAAUAUGGUCUUUCAACAGCGGCCAUAUAGUGAAUCCAGCAGAAGAUAUGCAUGCUGCUGUAUCCUAAACCGGUGCAUAUUUUCGUCCCACUUCGAUUCUUAAUUUCUCGCAAGUAUUAUAAGGUCGAUUAAACUAGGAACAAUCAUUCAAUGUAACUUAUAAUUCUUAUGUGCUUCUAAAAGAGGGGAAUGAAAUGUUUAGUGAUGUGGCGCUCCAAUGAUGAAGUACUACCGGCAUUUUCUAUUCAUGGUUAUUUCAGUGUCCUGGCGACCUUAUUGCAUCUCGGCGCACGAGUGUCUUUGCUAUUGGAGUGCUGUGAGCCUGUGAUGUGCGAAACAGCUGCAUAUCUGUGCGACUCUGGAAAAUAAAUAUCAGGGAGGAAAGGUUGCUGGCAAGUACUCCUACCUCAGACCAAGUUUGAUUUAAGGACAUACUAUGCUCCCAGCGAAAGAACACAGCAAGGCAUGGCGCCUUUCGUUUCAUCCCUGCAUCGGACUAUAUUUAUUGUGGUUUGCCUUGAGCUUUCCUUGUGCUGGAGAGUGCAGUUGCUGCGUGUUGCUGGUGACUGUCCGGAUGAAGUUGCCAUGCAACUGUGACCUUUAUCAUGUUGUCAACUCAACUUCAAAGUGCACACGCAUGCAGCGCUGAACAACUUAUGGUACAAGCAUCCAAAGUGCAUGCUUCCAACAAAAAGUGAAAGAGGUGACUUAUCUUGGUUAGGCCUAACAAGUUAAGGUUUUUCCACACUGCAUUUGCCACUACACAGACGAGCAAGCAGAGCAGCAUGCAUCCGAGCUCCAAGAACGGCAUCAAUGGCGGGAGCAGCCAUGGAGGUCACGAGUCAUGACCGCGAUGAGACGGCGGCGGCGGCGUUGAGCCCCCGCGCGAGGCCGUGGACGGCGCCGUAGCCGCGGGAGCCGAGGCCGAUGCAGCCGAAGAGGAGGAGCCCCUGCCGGUACGGCAGGUACGUCCGCCGCCGCAUCUCCUCCGCCUCCGCCCUCCUCGCCUCGUACAGCCUCUCGUGCGCCGAUCUCCUCCUGCUCCUCCUCCCCGUUGCUGCCCCUCUCCCUCCUCUCGCGCUCGCCGCCGCCGGAGCCGGAGACGGAGACGGGGACGGGGACGGGCUCCUCUUUGGCGGAGGAGGCGGUGGCGCGGUGUCGUGGUGGUGGUUCUUGCCGCCGUCCGACUUGCUCCGGUGGAGGAGAUCCUUCAAGAACGCCCACCGGCGGGAGCCUCGUGAGGAGGUGGACGAAGCGGAGGAAGCCGUCGACGAGGACGACGACGAGCGAGACGCCGCCGGCGUGGCGACUGCCUCGACCUCCUCGGCGGUCUCCGGCGCGGGAGAAGGCGCCCUCCAGCGCGUGCGGAACGGGGACAUCGACCGCGCCUUCCGUCGAACCGACCGGCUGCGGAUGCGGCCACGCUCGUCGGCCUCCGCACCAUCCUCCUCCACCGCCGCCGCAUCCUCCUCCGCCAGAUGCGACGCGUGGCCGUCGCCGUCGACGAGCGGAGCCAGAGGCUGAGGCUGGAGGAGCAUCGCGGAGAGACGGACAGCGCGGAUCUGGCCGUUGUGGAAGAGCUCAUCCGCUGACGACAUCGCCGCCGCGGAGGGAGACGGGAACCGCGACGAGAAGUCGAAGUCGAAGUCACCGAGGCACCCGCCGCCGCCGCCGCCGCGGGUGGGGCUCGCCGGCGCGCUGAAGAAGCACGGCGCGCCGUGGGGAGAAGCGAAGUGGUGCUCCCGCUCCCGCUCCCGCGUCGGGCUGGACGGCGCGCUGACGAACGGGGUGGAGCAGGCGCUGUCGGCGAGAGGGUCGCCGGGGAUGGCAAUGGCGGUGGCUGCGUGGUCGGCGGCGGCCGCCAUGGCUGGCUGGGGGUGGUGGUUUGGUGCGGCGAGCGAAGUGGUGGGAGUGAGGAGGAGUGGGACGGUGGGAGUUUUUAACUGCUCGGGUUUUUUUCGAUUCAGCCCCUUGGUUUUACAUAAAUUUUGGGGUUUCAGUGUGUUAGUGGAGUUGAGGGGUUCUAAGGUGAUUAGGGGUGAGUUUCGGGGGGUGAGGUGGUAAUGUAAUUGUCCCGGUGAUCAGAUCUGAACCCUCUUGGAUUGCGUAAUUGUAGGAUCGUCCUCUUUUGUGGUGUACUACUGGAAAAGCCGUGUUAUUCGAUCCCUCUGACAGGUGGGACCGGGUCGCAUCGUCCUAUCUGGAGGAAAUCUCUAGUAUUGCCGUAUUGAUUUUACACAACA